AUGGCCUUCGCUCGCGUGCCCUCACCUUGCCCGUGCCGUCUUGUACCUUACACUGUGGAAAUUCGAUUGCUGCGGGAUGACGCUUUUUCUGUAGUGGAAGGCCCUGUGAUUGGUAUUGACCUUGGUACCACAUAUUCUUGUGUGGGUAUUUAUAAGAACGGACGCGUGGAGAUUAUUGCGAACGACCAGGGUAACCGUAUUACGCCAUCGUACGUGGCUUACACGCCUUCAGGCGAGCGUUUGAUUGGCGAGGCUGCGAAGUCGCAAGCGACGUUGUAUCCGGCUGAGACGUUGUUCGACGUAAAACGGUUGAUUGGGCGUCGGUACACGGACGAGAGUGUGGCAGCUGACGUCAAGUUGUUGCCGUACGAGAUCGUGAACAAGGAGGGGAAGGCGAUGAUUGCAGUGAAGGUGGGUGAGCAGAAAAAGACGAUGGCUCCCGAGGAGGUGAGUGCCAUUGUAUUGGGCAAGAUGAAGACGAUUGCAGAGGCGUUCUUGGGAACGGAAGUAAAGAACGCAGUGGUGACAGUACCGGCGUACUUCAACGACGCACAGCGACAGGCGACCAAAGACGCUGGAACCAUCUCGGGGCUGAACGUUAUCCGAAUUAUUAACGAACCGACAGCGGCGGCAAUCGCUUACGGGUUGGACAAGAAAGGCGGUGAGAAGAACAUUCUAGUGUACGAUUUGGGUGGUGGCACUUUUGAUGUAUCUCUCCUUACUAUUGACAACGGAGUUUUUGAAGUGGUCGCGACCAAUGGAGACACACAUUUGGGCGGUGAAGAUUUCGACCAGAAGACCAUGGAGCACUUCAUCCGUCUGUUCAAGCAGAAGAACGGUAAGGACAUUCGCAGCGACCCGCGCGCACUCCAGAAGUUGCGUCGUGAAGUCGAGAAAGCCAAGCGUGAACUCUCAUCUUUCCACAACACGCGUGUGACAAUUGAAAAUCUUAUGGAGGGUAUCGACCUGGACGAGCCCUUGACUCGAGCCAAGUUCGAAGAACUGAACGCCGAACUGUUCCAACGCACUCUGAAGCCUGUGCAGAAGGUGAUGAAGGAUGCGGACAUGACGAAGGACCAGAUUGAUGAGAUCGUCAUGGUUGGAGGUUCGACACGCAUUCCAAAGAUCCAGUCGUUGAUUCGUGAUUUCUUCGAUGGUAAGGAGCUGAACCGCGGCAUUAAUCCGGAUGAGGCUGUUGCCUUUGGUGCGGCAGUACAGGCGGGUAUAUUGGCUGGUGAUACGGACGAUAACGACAUGGUGCUGUUGGAUGUGACCCCUCUGACUCUUGGCAUUGAAACGGUGGGAGGUGUGAUGAGUCCAUUGAUUAAGAGGAACUCGGUUAUCCCUACUACGAAGUCUCAGACGUUCUCGACUAACGCAGACAAUCAGCCUGGUGUUUUGAUCCAGGUGUUUGAAGGAGAGCGUGCCAUGACUAAGGACAACCAUCUGCUGGGCAAGUUUGAGUUGUCCGGCAUCCCCCCAGCCCCCCGUGGCCAGCCCCAGAUCGAGGUCACCUUUAGUGUCGAUGCCAACGGCAUUUUGAGUGUGCAGGCCGAAGAUAAGGGCACCGGCAAAAGCGAGUCUAUAACAAUCACUAACGACAAAGGCCGCCUAAGUCCCGAAGAAAUCGACAGGAUGGUGAAGGAAGCCAAAGAGUUCGCCGACCAGGAUCAAGCCGUCAAGGACAAGGUACAAGCAAGGGGUAAUCUUGACCACUACCUUGCCUCACUCAAACGCCAAACUGAAGACAACGACAAACUAGCUAGCAAGCUCGAAGAAGAUGACCUCCAAACCAUCCAGGAUCUCGUCGCAGAAGGCGAAGACUGGCUCCGUGAAAGCCCUGACGCUGACCUCGAUGAACUCAAAGAUAAGUACAAAGAGAUCGAAAAGAAAGUGAAACCCAUAAUCGAGAAGCUUUAUGGCGCUGCCUCCACCGCUGAUGAGGACGACGACGAUGAUGAUCUCCGCGACGAACUUUGA